GAGAAUUUAGCGUUGACGUGGGUAGAGGAGAGAGAGAGUGGUGGCGCAGGUGGUAAUGAAACGAACCGUUUUGAAGUUGGGAAGAUAGCGAAAGGAAGGGAUUGAAUUGAGUGUGGCACGGUGGGCGUGGCGGUGUUCUUCCUCCGUCGAGUGAAGCUCAGGGAAACUUUUUCACCAUCCCACUCCGCCGAUUCCUCCGUACUCCUGCCUUUUUCUCUCUUCCGCACUCCACACCCGUUUUCCCUUCCUUGGUGGUAUUUGGUUUGAAGAUAGAACAUGAAGCGCAAGCGUGGGCAUAAGAAAGGAAAGUCAAAAGGUGCCACUAACCAUGGAAUGAGUGCUAACGAUAACCUAAGUAAUGGUGGGGGUCAAAACAAGGAAGAAACCUCUGGUUUGGAUGAGUUUGGUUAUGAUAAAGAUAACUCUGGAAUGGAAGAUGACACGCCUUCUUCCACUGGGACGGAUCAGCAUUUCAAUCUUGCUAACAUAAAUCCUGAUGGUUCCAUUGAUAAGGCUAUUGGGAAAUCAGUUGGGCGUGUUAAGGUGAAGCUUAGGACACCUAAAAUGUUGGACUCCCAACCCACCUCAUCUGAUGCUCCCACACAGAGCGAUACUGAUAAGAGUAGCCAGCAGCAUGGCCUUGAAAAACAAGGUUUGAGUGCCGAGAGGAUGGAGGAUAGUGCAAACUCGUUGCCUGAUAUGAAACUGAGUAAUCUGUCAAAGAGAGCUGGUAGCAUAAAAAUCAAGUCUUCAAAGGUUUUGGGAUCAAAUGCGGAGCACACAAGCAAACCAUUGUCAGCUUCCACUGAGGUCAUCCACCCAAAAGAAAGAAAGGCCACUCAACAUAAUGCCCUAUAUAAUAAGCAGGAAUUGGAUGCUUCCUUAGUGAUUAUAAGGAAGGUAAUGAAGAUGGAUGCAGCUGAGCCCUUCAAUGUUCCUGUCAAUCCCGAAGCUCUGGGAAUUCCUGACUAUUUCGAUAUCAUAGAUACACCAAUGGAUUUUGGAACAAUAUGCCGCAAUCUUGAAAAAAAUGAAAAGUAUAUGAAUUCAGAGGAUGUAUAUAAGGAUGUUCAAUACAUUUGGGACAACUGUUACAAGUAUAACAAUAAAGGUGACUACAUCUUGGAUCUUAUGAGGCGAGUAAAGAAGAACUUUAUGAAGUAUUGGACUGCAGCUGGGCUAUACACUGAACAAUCAAAAGGGACCAAGGGUAUGGAAAGGACUUCAACAGAAGAUACCACACUGUCUGGUGAUGGAAAAGUAGGGAAGAGUAGCCAAUUGAAGCAGAAGACAAAAAAGCGUCAUGGAAGACACCAUAAACAUGACUGUUUAUGUGCUAUCUGUGUUCUAAAGCGACGUAGGAGAGAACGGGAGGAAAAUGCUCGUAUGGCUAGAGGCAGCUUCGGAUCUGGUGGUGAUAAGCAUGCUAAAGAGUUUAAGCACGAGGAAUCGGUGCAAGUAGAUAGUCCUGGUGGUGAGGAUUCAUCAUCAAAUAUAGAUGAAUCUAUGGGCACUGAUGGAGAUGUUGAUGAAGACAGAGGAGAGGUAACAAAGAUGGAUAUUAGUGAGAAGCAGUGUAGCCCUCCUGAGAGAAAGCACAGGAGCAUUGAUGUUGAUGAUGAUGGCAAUGAUGACCAUGGCCUAGAAGAAGGGGAUGACGAGGAGGGGAAUGAAGAGGAAGAUAUUGAAAUGAACAGUCAGAAGCGAGAGAUGGAUGAGACUACAAAACAUGGUGGGACCUUGGCAGUGAAAUCAAAUGUUGGUGAUGCAACUGUUCUUCACGAUGAAUAUAGAACAAAGCAACAAGAAGGGCAAGCUUCGUCAGUCCAGCCUAAGAAGAAAUACAAGGGGUCACAAGAUAAACAGCAGAAAAGUAAGCUCCUUGAGAGUUUAUAUAAUGAAAACCCCAAGCUUUCAGGUUUGUGUGCAAUUCUUUUCCCCCAAAAUAGUCAGUCUGUUUGGAGUGGACCACACUCACUAAUACAGAGGACAAAUUCUGCUCGUACUACUACAAUCCAUGCUGCUAUUAGUUCUUUCAUGGAGUAACUUCUUAUGUUGAUCGAUUCAUUAUUAGUUUAGUUGAUGAUAUCCAUUCGUUACAUGGUGUAUUAUAGUUACAAUAUCUUUAUAACAAGAGCAGAUAUUUUAA